CAAUUCUUCCACCUCCCCAUAAAAGGGCGCCAUUUCCUCAUUUUCUCUCCUCUCUCUAUUUUCAAACAUUCUCAUUUCUAAACUCUCUCUCACUCUCUUCUCUUCUCAAAACCCUAGCUAAUCACCUCCACAAUGCUCCCUCACUCCUACACCCUAGAUUCCGUCACUAAAUCCCAAGAACUCGUCUCCACCAUCCAAUCCGCCACCUCACCUUCCCAAAUAACCACCCUCUGCACCUCCAUCGAAACCUUCCUACACACUCACUCACCCGAUCAAUCCCGUCACUUCUUCUCCCUCGCUUUCCCAGCCCUAAUCUGCAACCUCUUCGGCUUCGAAAACCCACGCGCCGCCUCACCUUCAUCCAACGGUUGGAUCAACAUCCCCGAGCUUCACAAACCCCUCUUCUCUCUCCUCUCCCCCACCGGAACCCUCGCCACCGCCAUCACCGCCGUCGACCGUCUCUCCCUCGUUAAAUAUCUUUUCCCCUCCGAACGUCUUCCUCACUGGUCUCGCUCCCUUUCGGAUAAACACAAUCUCUCCGAUCUUCUUCCAUCAGUCUUCCCAUCUUCAUCUUCCUCUUCACAAAUUCAACUCAAUGUUUUUCAAUACUUCUUUUUCUGGUUCGCUUAUUACCCCGUCUCCAAGGGUAAUUCCGUCAAUCCAACAAAUUCCGAUCAAUCUUCCGUUAAAAUCACCACCGCUGCGAAAUCUAGGUUAGAAAAUUGGACUUCUUCGAUUCCAUUUGUCUCCGCCACAAAACCCCCCGUGUCAAACGAUAGACCUAACUAUGAUUUCUACACGCUUCUUCUCUAUGCGUAUCUUCGUGCAAAUGUUCCUACAUGCGAUUUAGCCUCUCAUCAACCUUACCGGAGCUCUAUUCUUCACUACGGUUCGGGCCACGAUGCAAACUUUGCGGCUCGAGCCGAGUUUGUGGUGAACACACUGAUUCAUUUUUGGCUUGUUGACAAUGAUUUCUCACCGUUUCCGGUGAGUGUAUGUAAAACAAUGGGUGUAUCGUUUCCGUUCGGGGAAAUUCCACCGGCUGCGGGGUUAGGGGAAGUUGUGAAGCUGUUUGUUAGGUAUUUGGGUUUGAGCACUUUAGCAGCGUCUUGUGAGAAUGGAGAUUUUGGUUAUAGUUACAAUUCUAGUCCUAGAUGGAGAAGUUUAGAGGUUUCGAAGAAUAAGGAUUUAGGUUAUGGCUGUUGGAAUCAGUGUUUGCAGAGGCCUUUGUAUAGGUUUUUGCUGAGGACAUUGUUGUUUUGUCCGAUGGCAGCUUCAGUUAAGAAUGUUUCUCAGGUGUUUUAUGUUUGGAUUAGUUAUUUGGAGCCUUGGAGUAUUAAGGGUGAUGAGUUUUCAGAGCUUGAUGCAAUGAACGGUGAAAAAAUGGAAAAUGCUGUGUCUGAAAUUGGAAGUGGUGGUGGUGGUGCAUAUUCGCCGCGUUGGGUGGAUUAUGUUCUAUCUAAUUAUCUGUAUUAUACUUCACUGGUUAUGCAUUUUAUUGGAUUUGCUCACAGGUUUCUUCAUAGUGAUGUUGAAACUGUAGUUCAGAUGGUGCUCAAGGUGUUGGACACUUUGACAUCAUCCAAAGAGCUCAUUGACCUUUUGAAGAAUGUAGAUGCCCUUUUCCAUUCUAAACAGGCUGGCUCAGGCAAACCAAUGUUGAAUAACUUGUACAGAUUUGUUCCAAUCAUCCGUGAACAGUUGCAGGACUGGGAGGAUGGUUUAUGUGAGACUGAUGUUGAUGGCUCAUUCUUGCAUGAUAAUUGGAACAAAGAUUUGCGUCUGUUUGCUGAUGGGGAGGAUGGUGGACAACAGCUCCUUCAGUUAUUUAUACUGCGUGCUGAAGCCGAGUUACAAGCUGCAUCUGGUGAUAAUGUUACACCAAGCCUUCAAUGCAUAGAUUCAUUGAAGUCAAAAUUAGGGUGUUUAUUUGAUGGGCAGACUAUAAAGCCAUCGUCAACCUCCCCAGAACCAAUGCAGCAUCAACAAUCCCGUGAUGAGAUAUUCAACCCUAGAAGGGUUGGCAAUUGUGUGCGUGUGGAUGUUAAAUACAAAGGUGAUUGGAUGAAGCGUCCCAUAUCCAGCGAUGAGAUUGCAUGGCUUGCAAAAGUGCUUGUUUGGUUGUCUGAUUGGUUGAAUGAGAAUCUUGGAUUAAAUCAAACAGAGCACACUCUUGGAUUAAAUCAAACAGAGACCAGUAAGUCAAGCUCUACUUGUUCCUAUGUGGAAGUGUCCACUGAUGUUGCCGAUAUAUGUGGACCUUCGGAGACCCUGAAGGCUUUUCUCUGUACAAUCUGUUCUUGGUUUCUCUUCUUGGGUGCUGCUUUUGUGGGUUUCAUGCGGAAAUAUGGUUUGAGGGUGAAUCUAAGGAUACUUGCCUCUAAGAAGGUUGUAUUGUUUUUUGUUUUAUAUGCUGUUUUCCUCUUACUGAGGAAAUUUGUUCGAUCAAUCCUUAGCAUGUAGGAAGUAUACAUCAAAUAUAUACUUAGUAUAUAAAGAAAUGUAGAAAGUACAGCGAAUUUUGUUACUUCGAAGUUAUUGAGUAAAUUUUACAACUGGUUUUGCA